UUUGUCUAGUACCUUUGUUCUCUUGCGUUGAUUUGUCUGGCCUAAUUUUGUUUUUGGCACGUCUAGCGUUUUUUUUAUAUUAUUGCACUCCUCAUUGGUUAUUUUUGCAUUGUAAUUUUUUUUAUUAUCACUAUCGUGCCUCGUUAAUUCCCUGAUCAAUGGCGGAUAACGACUCGACUGCGCAGAUGGCCAUAACCCUCCAGCUUCCCACCUUCUGGGCCCACAGACCAUCUGCAUGGUUCUCCCAUGUGGAAGCUCAGUUUGCCUUGAGACACAUUCAAUCACAAGAAACUAAGUCCAACUUAGUCAUCGUCAGCUUACCGGAAAAUGUGAUUGAAGACGUGUCAGAUGUGCUAGAUGACCCAGCACCGAAUCUUUACGAUCGCCUCAAAACCGCCCUCAUCAAACGUGUUGCACUUACUGACCAGCAGAAAGUGCAAGAACUUUUCAGGGAUGUGCAUCUGGGUGAUCGCAAGCCGACGCAACUGCUUCGUCAGAUGAAGCAGCUGAUUGCUGACUUCAACAUUGAUGAAGCAUUUCUCAAGCAACUGUGGUUACAGAGGUUACCACAGUCGGUUCAAGGGAUCCUCGCACCCUUCCAUAAGUGUCCCUUAAUAGAGUUGGCGGAAGCGGCUGACAGAGCUGUGGAUGCUACGAAACCCAACACUAGUAUCUCAGCUGCACUGUCUACUGCCACGGAUUCGUUCAAAAACCCUCCCUCGGCUGUUGAGCCAACAAGUUUCGAUGUUAUAGCUCACAUCUCAAAAUUGUAUGAAGAGUUGUGCAGCAUCAGGAACGAAAUGCGGUCUGGUAGUUCUUACAAAGGUCGCACGUCUCGCUCGCGCAACAGGUCUGCCUCCCGUACCGGUAGCAGACGUUCCAAAUCGCGACAAUCCCAACCCAGGUUGUGCUGGUACCAUAAACGUUAUGGUGCCAAUGCCAAAAAGUGCACUCGACCUUGCACCUUCGAGGCUAACCAGGCGGGAAACGUGUGAGCCAGCACGUGACGGCGACUAACGUCGCUGGCGAGCCACUUCCAUGUCGCCUCUUCUUCGUCACUGAUCGACAUUCUGGGAUACGCUUCCUAGUUGACACUGGGGCAGAAGCUAGCGUCAUCCCACCUACGAAGGAAGAGCGUCUGCGGCCAAUGUCUCUGCAACUUCGUGCCGCCAACGGUUCGCCCAUCACAACCUAUGGUCGGAGAUUCCUCGAUCUCAACCUUGGAUUGCGUCGUCCCUUUCGUUGGGUUUUCAUAGUGGCAGAUGUGACCACCGGCAUUAUUGGUAUGGAUCUCUUGCAGCACUAUCAGCUGCUGGUAGAUGCUGGCAAGCAUAAGUUGAUAGAUUCUACCACAACACUCUCUGUUUCCGGUAUAGUCACAAAGACGCCGCCCCUCAGUCCCGUGUACUGCACGACGGACGCUUCUAGUCCCUAUGCGUCUAUCCUUCAGUCCUUUCCGGAUGUCUUUAAGCCAAGUCGUUGUGUCCCUUGUGUGACUUCGAACGUUUCUCAUCACAUAACGACGACUGGCCCUCCAGUAUUUGCGAAACCACGGCGAUUAUCCCCGGAGAAACUGCGUGCUGUAAAAGCCGAGUUCGAACACAUGCUUGAAAUGGGAAUAAUCAGACCAUCCAACAGUCCAUGGUCUUCACCCUUGCAUGUGGUACCCAAGAACAAUGGCAUGGACUGGAGGCCUUGUGGUGACUACCGAAGGCUCAACGCUAAAACGAUUCCAGAUCGUUACCCAGUCCCUCACAUUCACGACUUGACUGCAUCUUUAAAAGGCUCGGUUAUCUUCAGUAAGCUUGACUUGACGCGUGCAUAUCAUCAGAUCCCGGUUCAUCCUGAUGAUGUUCCCAAGACAGCCGUCAUUACACCGUUUGGUCUUUUUGAGUUCCUCCGUAUGCCUUUUGGUCUUCGCAAUGCAGCACAAACCUUCCAACGUUUUAUUCACGAUGUUUUACGUGGACUCGAUUUCGCCUAUGCCUACCUAGACGAUAUACUAAUCGCUAGUCCUGACGAAGACACCCAUUUUAACCACUUGAAACAGGUUUUCGCCAGACUGUCAGAGCAUUCGAUGACAGUCAACCUGGCCAAAUGCCAAUUGGCGUUCGUUCACUAAAAUUUUUGGGACACGUUAUCGACGAGCAAGGC